CUGUACUGUGUGCACAACAACUCCACGCCCUGGUCCCCGUCAUUUGCGUCUUGCUUCUCUUGCAUUCUUCAACCCCACUUCAGUCCUCUCCACUCUCCAUUUUCUUCCCCACCUUGCAAGAUGCAUGGAUUUUAACGUUGUUUUUUCUCCUACGCCCUUUGCAUGCUACGGGGUCCUUGGGGGACGGGGCGGUGCAAUGCCGUCUACAGCAUAGCACGGCCUGACGGACAUCUCCACAUUUUGCGCUCACAGUACUCUAGUAACUCUGUGUAUAGCGGCAUCGUCACUGACUCACGCAUAUCGUAUCAUCGGGCAUCGCCGGAUCAACGGGGCGGGAAAAAUCGCGGAAUACGAAAGCAAUUCCUUGACCCAGAAACCUCGGCCGUCUCUCAGAAAAGCCCGAGAUCCUGCACCCAUCGACCCCUAACACUUUGCAUUUCUUCUUGGCAAAGCACCUUCUAUGGUUUUUUCCCCACGACCCCGUAUCUACUACUUAUGCACGCAUUCUUUGCAGUUGAUGUCAUGAUACUUCAAAGCUCCGACUCUAGCUCACACGUGGACGUCCGUUUUUCUUCUCCGAGUCUCCUCCUCGCUCUCUCAUCAUACUCUUAGAGUCUCAGUAUUUCCUCGUGAUACUACUAGAUGCUCACUCACCUCGUACAGCUCUUUCAUGCACGGAGACCUGAAGCACUUGAUCAAUGUGGCGAGCAUCCAUCC